AGAACUUCCGGCCUAGGGUCGAACUCUUUUCCGUUUUAACUCCCAGGACACUGCAUAGCGGGGGAAGGGCACCAUAGAUAUGUGAAUGGCAGGAGGAGGAGCCCAUGUAGCAUCACUCUCGCGAGCACGCUCCACCCACUCUUCCCUUUUUCUCUCUCUAUGCCAAGUCUGUCGAUUUGAUGAUGCCGUACAGAACGCGGACGGCGGCGAUGAUGCCAACCUUAGUAGCCGCCUCUGCGCAAAGCUCGGCGUCCCCUAUUGGCUGAGCGUUCUGUCAGUCAAACGGCCAGCGGGGCGGUGCUUCAAGGGAAGGCCUCCCCAGAGGCCAAGAGUGGCGGCGGUGCUGGCGCUGCCGCGGGAAUGAGGAGACGCCGCUGAGGAACAUCGGCCGUCCGGGGAGCGUCCACGCCUGAGGAACCGUCGCCGACAAGUGAGGAUAUUUGCGGGGUGGAGUGCGGGUUUCAAAUAUGAAUAGUAACGAGGGGCGUGGCCUAUAUUAAUAUUAAUAAGGGGCGUGGCACGUGUGACUAUCAAUGAGGACGUCACUGAUUAUGAAUUGGUGAACCUGAGUAUAAUUGAGGGUAUGUAUGUGUUUUAUCUAUUAUACAUGCACACAUUAUAUUAGAGACUAUUGUAGUUACAUAGUAUAUAUUUUGUUUAAAUACUGUAAAGAAUUAUAUAUAUAUAUCUGUGUGUAGCUGUAUAUCACAGAGGCUGGGAACAAAGCAUAUUUAUUUCAUUAUCAAUAAUGUUAAUCAUUAAAAAUUCAUUCAUUGUAAUUCAAAAGUAACUGAGUGGUUUUAAUUAUGAAUUCAUAAAUCACCCAUUGCAGACAAUUGUACAGUAGUUCAGAAGUAUAGAAAUUGUUUAAAUGGCUGAAUGAAUAAUGGCAAGAUACAUCGUGGCUUGCAACCUUCUUUUCAAUUGGUGCUUAAAGUUAACAGUAAAUUGCAACACUUAGCAAUUGCUGCAAUAGUCAGUUUAUGAGGUCAAAGGGGGAAAAAAUGUGUUCUGUUUCCUGCACUUGGAUCUUGCUCCUUCCUUCCUUCGUUAAUUUUUUAUCCACGUACCAAGAUUUGAACCCAGAUCCCACCUCUGUAUUUGCAGCAUUCUGUUGAAAAUAAGAGAUGAGCAAAGAGAAGUCUAUCGAUGGCUACUAGGUGUUCAGUAGUGUGCUUCUCCCCACCUGAUGUUGUAUACAACUCAGUCCUACUCAGAGUAGACCCAUUGAAAUUACUGGACAUGGCUAACUUAGGUCUAUUUAUUUCAGUGGAUAUAUUCUGAAUUGGACAGAGCUGGUUACAGCUCUAAGCUGAAGCACUUCCUCGUCUGUCUCAUUGUCCUGAUCUGAAUGUCAUAUGGGAGUGCUGGCUUGAUUGCCCUAAACAAGAACAGAUUAAUGUUCAUCUUGUUUGAUGACAAAACAUAUUUCUGUUGCUCCUGAUAAUGCAUGUGUGUGUGUGUGUAUUUUCCUCUGACAGGUUUAGGUAGCUGCGCUUUGUGAAUAAUUCAUACUUGUUGGGCUUUGAUCGUUAAUUUGUAUUUCCGUCACUGCGGCUCGUUUAAUGAAAAGCACUCAUGUUUCACACUUGGUUUUAAAAAAGGCUUUCAUUUACGCUCCUGACCUCAAGAGAGUUGGAGCUUGGGGCGUGUGUGUUUGAUGCUGCUGGGAAUAUUUCUUUCAUAAUGUCCCAAUGGGAUUACUCAAAGGAAUGAAGAGAGAGCGCUUGAAAGCUUGCAGCUGAAGCAUGAUUUCUGAAGGCUGAUUUAUGAAGAUGGUACGAAAACAGCCCCUUUGUCGACACAGCCAACUUAUUUAUUUAACAAAAUGUAUAUCCCACUUGAUUGUUUUAUACUUUUGUUAACUGCUUAAAAAUUCUCUUAAAAUGUAUCAAAAUUAUUGACAAAGAACAUUCUGCUUCUGGGCCUUUUCUAUGCAAACCAAUGAUGAUGAUGAUGCUCAGACUGUCAUGAGGAGUUCCUAUUUUCUAGGCACCUUUUGCAACAUGCCGUUACAGGUUUUAUAUCACUUCCAAAGGAGUGUUUUAUGCAAUAUCAGUGGAUUCCUGCAUAUUCUUUGGGGUGGGUUCUUGUGGUCUUUUAGUAUAGCAUUGCAAGCCAAUAUUUGGCAGUCUGCAACCUUGUGGCUUCCAGUCUUCCAGGCCUUCUACUGUAACAUUCAUCUUUGGGGCAUUUUGGAAGGCGAGCAGAUUCUUUUCCCAAGUUAGCAGGAGGCAGUGAUGGUUACCAACUUGGAUGGAUUUGAAAGAGGAUUAGACAAAAUUCAUGGAGGAUAAGGCUAUCAAUGGCAACUAGCCAUUAUAGCUAUGCUUCCCCCAUGAUCAAAGGCAGUAAUGCUUCUGAAUAUCAGUUGCUGGAAACCACAGGGGGGGAGAGGGCUCCUCUGUCUGGGUCUUGUUUGAGGGCUUCGCACAGGCAUUUGGUUGGCUGCUGUGAGAGCAGGAUGCUGGACUAGAUGGGCCAUUAGCCUGAUCCUGAAGGGAUCUUCUUAGGCGCUUAGUUGUUGCAGUCUCUCUCAUGUGCGCACACACACAAACACACACAUACAGAGUUGGUCACAUACUACAUGCAGAAUUACUUUUCAGCCUUCAGCCCUCAUGCUUCCCUGAGCUGUUGGGUCAUUUGACUCUUUCUAAUAGAUUUCAAUUUGCAGCCAGGCGUUAGUAAUUCUUCAUGAGCCAAAUUGAUUGUUUAACCAUAUUGUUUUUUCCAUUUUGAUCAGGACCCUGAAGCCUUUGUGCUUUAGCAAAAUGACUUUGAACCGUCUGCUUCUCCCCCCACUGCUGCAACUUGGCAGUGCCCCUGUUUCAGUGGCUUUUCUGCUUGUUCCUGAAACACUGCUUGGGACUGGUCCCUUCUGAGCCCUGCUGCUGUUUUCAUGCUUGUCUCUUUCUUUUUCCCUUUCAUCAUCCUCGUAGGAUUCCACCAUCUGCUGGAAAAGAUGGGGAACGUGGAAAGCAGCAGCCAUUACCAGAAGCACCUCUCGAGGUUCCUUCCUGAUGAACAAGCCGACAUUGACAGCGUCUUUGUUGCCAUAUCCGGGUCGGGGGAGGCUGUCGGAGGAAAAGGGGGCAAACCAGCCAAGAGGGAUGUGACUCUGACGAUGCUCAAGGCAAGAAACAAAACUUGGUUGACAAUUAGCAUGCUUAGCCUUUCCGGAUAAUUUUCUGUGUGUUCGCAGCACUUUGUGGACAUGGUCCUAUUGUAAUAUUUGCAGCAGCCCUGCAUAGUGCAGAUGACCUUAAACAAAUUGCUUAAAGUCAGGUUCUGAAUUCACAGCAGCGGCAAGAUUUGAUUCCUUGAGCUUUGUCUCAAUCUCCUGGCCACUCUGCAGUGGAAGGGCUGCAGCUCUAUGGUAGAACAUCUUCUUUGCAUUCAGAAGGUCCCAGGUUCAAUCCCCGGCAUCUCCAGGUAGGGCUGGGAAAGCCCCCCACCCUGCCUGAUACUUUGGAGAGCUGCUGCCAGUCAGUGCAGGCAGUACUGAGCUAGAUGGAGUUAAAAGUUCUUGGUAUAAUGCAGAUUCCUAUAUUCCUAAGAUUAGACAGGGCUUGUAGUGGUGAUGUUGUUUUACAAAGGAUGCUCCUACACAGAGAUGGAGAACCUGUAGCUUUUCAGAUGUUGUUGGACUCCCAACUCCCAUCAGCCCCAGCUAGCAUGUUCAGUGGUUGGUGAUAAUGGAAGCUGCAGUCCCCCCCCCCCCCAAAGAAUCAUGCAUUGGUCUCCCAGUAAUGAGCUGCAGCACAAAAGUGGUCAUAACCUAAAUUGGGUGGGUUGCAUGAGUAAUACUAUACUGUUUACUUUUAAAGAAAUAAGAAAUAGAAAAGUGAUAGGUGCGUGGGGAGUUAGGGAGAGGGAGAUCAAUGUAGCCGGAGUGGUGGUGCAGCUGUUAGAGUGUCAGUCUAGGACCUGGGAGACCAGGGUUCAAAUCCCCACAUGGCCAUGAAGCUCACUGGGUGACAUUGGGCUGGUGGCUGCCUCUAAGCCUAACCCACAUCACAGGGUUGCUGUGGGGAUUAAAUGAGGAGGGAGAGAACCAUGUUCAGCACCUUGAAGAUGGGAUAUAAAUGCAAUAAAUAAAUAAAAAAAUAGCCUUCUGGCGUUCUUCAAGUUGAGCCACUGCAGCUUCUUCCCCGUCCUGCAAAUCCUGGGAAUUAUUUUGUAUUGACUGUUAAUCCAGCAUGCCUGCAGUAUAUGUUGCUUUGUGGCUUGCUGUCCUUUGGGAAGAGAGUGGGAUAGAAAUUAAACAUGCAAAUAAUUAAAAAUUGUAUUCACUGCAGCCUGAGAAUCAUAGAAUUGUAGAGUUGGAAGGGACCCGGAGGAUCAUCUAUUCAGGAAUAUGCAGCUACGGGAAUCGACCCUCAACUUUGGUGUUAUCAGCACCAUGCUCUAACCAACUGAGCUAUCCAGAAAGGAGCCUGGGAAACUGCCUUAUACCAGAUCAAACUGUGGCUCAGAAUGGUGGGUGGGAAGCCUUUUCCCAAGCAGUUAAGAACCAAUUUCCAGAGGUGGAAAUCCGAAUUGUGAAAGUAUCCCUGGCCUGCUGAAUGUGUAAUGAGCGGCUGGCUUGUUCCUUUUGCCUGUUGGCCCAAACAAGAGACAUACGGCGAGGGGAGCCAGAGGAGAGAUGGCCCUUCCUUGGCGUCAGGAUGCAUUGCCUUUGGUGCAGAGUGAGCUCCUGCCACUUUGGAGACUGCUUGUUCCUUCUAGUUGGUUGAACUUCCCUGUUGCUUUUCCGUCUAUCUCUAGGCCCACGUCAAGGAGGCCCUCCCUGAAUCAAUGGUCGUCCGGCUGUACAAUGGGAUGAAGAGCAUCCCUCUGUCCGAGAAGUCUCCUGGGUCCAACGGGCAGGUGAGGAAGGAGCAGUUUGUCAUUUUCAUGUCGGCAGUCUUCAAAGGCAACGCCGAGGAAAAGAAAGGCAUCGUCAUGAAAAUGAUAUCGAACACGGACAGCACCGUGAAGGGAAGUCACAUCAUUGAGGUAAGAAGAGAAAAAACCCAGUGUGUUCCAUUUGCCUAUAAGAGAGAGGAAGAGGGACUGGAGCAGAAAUGGGGCAAGGUGAUGGAUCUGGGAACCAAGAGUGGGAAGCCAGGAAUCAAUACCUAGAAGCCAGGAAUUGUCUGCAAAUUUAGCGAAAGGAAAGUAAGGCAGAUGCUCAGCCACUGCUGUCUUUCUCCAGUGCCAGAUACGGAAGCUGUAGUUAUUCGUAUCGUACUAGUCCCUGUUAGUAUCCUUUUCGAAGUAUUAAUUUCUGCCCUCAUUAGGAGGUCUGUUCCUUUUUUUGUGUGCAUCUGCCAUUUAAACACUCCACGUAGGGAAAAAAAAAUUAAACUGUUGAAGUUUGCAGAGGAUCUGGUUGGCUCUGUGGUUCACGUCCUGAGCUGCAGGAAGAUGCUGAAGGGCUGGAACUUGAAGAAUGUGCAGAAUUCAACCACAGGAAUAAAAGCUUUGGCGUCUCAGUUAGUGUCGGAGUUGAAAUCGGCAGGUGAGUGUCAGAAUGUCCAUUUUCGCUUUGGUUUAGACGUAGGCCCUGGCAAUGGUUGGUGGCCAUUGUGAGCUCCAUAGGGUUUGUGGCUUGGGAGACAGAGAGGCUCAGAGAGCGGCAUUUGGCUCUUGGGCAUGAAGUUUCCUGCCUCUGGAAUACAACAUAGUUACUAAUAGACCUUUCCUCCUCUGUCCAUUAGUCCUAAUCCAUUUAAAAGCCCUUGGAUCCAGUGGUCAGGUUUGGCAGUGGCUCCUUUGGAUCCGACCAAGUUUCCUGGUGCUACUUACCUCUAACUUUUGUUUCUUGCUGCAGAUGGGAAGAGGCUUGAGGGUGGUCAGGCGCUGGACGCUGUCUGUGACGAAAGCAGCAUUGAGGAUUGGGUCUUCCGGGUUCCACAGGUCUCCGCUUUCCUCACUGUGGUCGUCCAGCAGGGGCUGCUCAUCCUGCACUCCCUCCCGGACCAAGAGCAAGAGACUUUCCCUUUGCUUCCGGAGUGCCAGGGGGUCAGAGGCAGCCGCUUCGUCAGCCUCCUCAACAUCCCGUCCGUCACCUACAUCAACUCUCACCUGCCUUCCGAGCUCCAACACAAGUGGAGGCUCCUCUUUGCCUCCCAGGUUCACGGCGAGAGCUUUACGCAGCUGUGUGGGCACAUUGUCAACCAGGGGCCCUGCGUGCUGGUUCUGAAGGACACCGAUGGCUACGUCUUUGGUGGUUUUUCAUCAUGCUCCUGGGUGGUUAAACCACAGUUUCAAGGUAAGAAUGCUUGUUGACCCAACGUCUUUCAGCCUAUAGCUCACAUUUCACAAAAUCUCAACCCUGCUCCUCUGGCAGGUGCUAUGGAGCACAUCCUGUUUGAAAAGUAUUGUCUAAAAAAUUCUGUAUCUAGACAGCCCAAAUUCUUUGCCAACAAAAGCAGGAUCAUUUGUAUAAAUUGGGCAAAGCGUGCAAUUUGCCAUAUUUCCAUGGCAAAUCUCAUUCUCCCAUUAUUCUUUAGAGAUUUUAGCUGGCUUUCCCUUUGCUGGGCAGGAGGGUUGGUGGUGGUUCGUGCCAGAAGGCUGCCUUCCCUGCUGAGGUUGCCUAUCAGGGGCCGUGUUCCAGGGGCAAAAGUGGAACAAUGCAUGCGGAUUUUGCUUUUGCACAGUAGGAUGGUUCUUCCACAACCCUCUCUGUCCUUCAUACAGGCAAGCAAGAAGCUUUGUUAGAGUUCAAGCACACAUUCUUGCUUAGCAGGGCCAGUGAGGGGCAUGGCCCAUGGAGAGUGGGUGUGGCCUGUUGAGAGUCCCAAGGGCUGGAGAGAGGGACCUGGAGGGCCACGUGUUCUCCCUGUGCCUGAUGCUCCUCUCCCCUGACUCUCACUCUUUCAAGCCUGUCUUCACUGACAAGAGUCACAUGACCUUCUGGGGAAGAUGAAAUUUUGCACCCAACACCACAUUUUGCCCAGGGUCUUUUCACUGACUCUCCCAAUUUAAGUCCCUAUUGGUUUUAGUGAGUUGGAGACCCAGGCAAGUGUGCACAGAAUUGCAGACUUCAAAGAUUUUUUUUUUAAUGUACAUGCUGUCAAAAUGACUUGCUACUGUUUUCCCACUAGAUGGCGACCCUGCCGUUGCUUUUGAUUCUGCUGAGAUUAGAACUAAUUCUCUUUAAGGUGGAGAGUAUUCUCAGGACAGAUCAAAAUGCCUAGGACGUAGAGCAAAUGUGUCCUUCCAGGAAAGAGCUGUAGCUUUGCAUGUAGAAGGUUAAGGGUUCAUUUCCUGACUUCUCCAGGCAGGACUGGGAAAGACCCCUGUCUGAAAAACGCAGGCCUCUGGAUGCCAGCUGCUGGCAGCCACAGAUGGGGAGAGUGCUGUUGCUCAGAUGUCCUGCUUGUGAGCUUCCCAGAGGCAUCUGCUUGACCGCUGUUGGGAGAAGAUGCUGGACUAGAUGGGCCUUUGGCCUGAUCUUGCAGGCUCUCAUCAGGAAACCUUGGAGAGCCACCAGGGCUGUCUUAAGCAUAUGCAAUGCUGGGCUGUAAAGAUCCACCCAGUGCCCCCUCCCCCAGGUUGCCCAGUCCUGGGCGCGCAGGAGGGCGGAGCUGGCCAGCCACCUCAUCGUCUCACUGGCUCGGUCACCCCCAAAAUCGCGGCGCAGAGCCGCCUGCAGCAGAAGAGCCCACCGCAGUGCUCCGACCAAUGUGCAGGCUCUUCCCUGAACUCAACCCUUGGGCCUCGGACUCUUGGCCUGGCGCCCCUGAGAGCCCGGGGUCCCCGCACCCCUAGCACCUAUGGGUAAGACGGCCCUGAAAGCCACUGCCACUCAGUGCAGAGGAUACCGAGCUGGCUGUACUGAUAGUUUGACUUGACGUAAGGCACACUCUUUUGUUCCAGUGCAUCUCUCCUGCCUCUGCCUCACCAGACCUCCCUGCAGGGUGUAAAGAGGGUUCUUUAAUACUGGCUGCCCUGCAGGCGACAGGCAAAAAUUAGCAGUAGAAGAGGUGGGGUUAUGGGGUGUAAUAUCUAAUGCAGGGGCAAUUAGGAUGCCUUUGUCUGCUUCAAGUACUUUGGUUCCAGGCCAAUCAGUGCUUUACGUGUCAGUUUAAGCACCAUAAUUUGGGCCAGGAAGACAACUGGCAAUGAGUGCUGGCGUUUCAAAAUUUCUUUGUGCAUUUAAAUAAAAGAUCUCGGGUUCAAUCCCCGGCAUCUCCAGGCAAGACUGGGAGUAUUCUCUGUUUGAAACUCUGGAGAACUGCUGCUGCCAGUCAGUGUCAACGAUACUGAGCUAGAUGGACCAAGUGUCUGACUUGGUGUAAGGCAGGUUCCUCUGUUUUGUGUCCCUAGAUUGCCUUCCUUUCUGUUCCUUGCUAUUUGGUCUGUGCUCCUUCUUCCUUCCACUGUCAUUUUACAGGCAACAACGGAUGCUUUCUGUUCUCUGUUUCGCCCUCACUUGAGGUCUUCACUUACACCGGCUACAACGACCACUACAUGUACCUGAAUCACGGGCAACAGACAAUGCCGAAUGGCCUUGUAAGUACAAAAUGGUUGCAGGACAGAGCCUUGUCUUGUAAUACUGCACUUUCAGUCACCCUGGAGAAUCUAGUCCUCUUGUGCAGUGCAACUGCGAGGGUCAGUUUUUGCUGGAUCGCACCACUUAAAGAUUGUGGGUUGGGCAGAUUGUGUGCUUGAUCUGCUUGUACAGGAUUUUGUGUAUGUGUGUGCAUUUGUGUGUGUGGUUGGCCAGAUGGCCUUUGCUGAGCAUCUGACCAAAAGCGUAUAUUUAUUUAGUUGAGCUUUUAUUUUAUUUUUUACAAGGCAAAAAUACAGAGAUCAAGGGAAGCCAGAUGAUUGCAGAAUGACAAAUUCUUAAUAUAAAAAACGAUGAAAUGUAGGCAACCAUUAAAAAAAAAGAAGCAAGGGAUGCAUACAUUGAAAGGAUAGAAAUACAAAAAAGGUUAUUGUAAAAAAUAAAAGUUCAGCAGAGGAGAGCCUGUUGGGAGUUUUCUCCCCAAAUCCUAUUGAAUAGGAAGAUGUGUUCUUCAUUGCUUCUUCAGUAUUUUCUUCUUAGGUAUUCCCCUUCAGUGUGUAGUUUGACUUAAAAACGGUGUGGUGCUUGAUGUAAGGGAAACUGAUUUGUACUUGUAUUCUGUCUUGCUAUUUCUGUAUCAAAUAGCCUAUGGCUUUGAACAAUAAAGAAAGGUACUGUUUUGCAGGUGUCAUGAUGGCUGUUAGCUUAGAUCAUUUUGGAAGGGGGUUAGAUAAAUUCAUGGAGGAAGCGAGGCCUGUAAAGGCGACUAGUCAUGGUUGCAAUCCAGGACCUCCCUGUUCAGAGGUAAUGUGCCACCAGUUCUUGAGAACUAGUAGUGUGGAUGUGCUGUCGCCUUCCUGCCCUGCCUGUGGGAUUCUCUGAGGCAUCUGAUGAUUGAGCACUGCAAGAAGCAGGAUGUGUGAGCUGCAUAGCGCUUUGGUCUGACCCAGCAAGGCCCAUUUUAGAUGGGUCGGGUGUUGUUGGGGCCGGCACGCCUGCCUCUGGGUGGAUUGCCAUAGCGUGUCCUUCCAGCCCCACCCAACGCUGAUAGGGUCAUUCAAUUAAGGGGCAGACUGCAUGCUGCAGUGUGUCGGCCAAACCCCUUUGUUCUUCCUUCCCAGGGCAUGGGGGGACAACAUGAAUACUUCGGCCUGUGGAUCGACAGCAACUAUGGGAGGGGCCACAGCAAAGCCAAGCCCAGAUGCACCACGUACAACAGCCCUCAGCUGUCGGCCAAGGAGAACUUCACGUUGGACGCCAUGGAGGUUUGGGCGGUGGGAGACCUCCCGGAAAGUGCCGCCGUAAGUGACCGCUGUGACUGUCUCUCUAGCUAAACAAUGACCUUGAGGUAGCUGGGCAGUGGGUCAGUGGCCCCCUGAAACUCAUGCAUGAACUCUCUAGUCAAAACAGCUUGCAAAUUUCUAUCCCUAUCAACACUAAGGGAUGUUGCACUGGAGGGUGGAAACCUUCAGGAAGUACCCACAGUCCAGGCAUGGCAUUGUGCUGUGUAAAUGGCACCCAACAGUGCUAGUCUCCUGUUUGAGGAAAGGAGGUUGAGUGGACAGUCAGCUGUGAUUUCCGCAGCCUCCCAACUCCUUUGAGUCACUCAGUCCGCAGACGGGUGGUCAGUACUGUGAUGUGUCAUGUCUUCUUGUUUGUGUCAUGUCCUCUUGGAUAACAAAAGCAGAUUUAUUGAGGCCACAGUGGGCUGCUAUGCAUGGUUGUACCAUUUCUUUUGGGCUGGUGGACCACAAGAUGUGUUUCCCCUUAAAGGGGGGGGGUGGCUUCUGGAGGCCAGUCCUUUUCUAUGAUAGCACCGUGCAUGUAUGAAAAGGCUAAAGGCAAAAGAAAACUUACGUUCAGUGCUAACACCAGUUUCUUUAUUUUUUUUUAAGAAUAUUUUUUUAUUAACCGACCAAUCACAUCAAAUCAAACCAAAUUACAUAAAUUCCAAAUUACUCAGCCGAAUUUUAAAUUUUUGUUGGGGGUACCCAUAUUUCAAGUUCCGAAGGGAUCCAAUCAACUUCUUGCUUCUUACUGCUGUUUUAAUGUCCACAAAUCUAACCUUAUGAUGUUCACAGUACUAUCCGGUCCUUUAUUAUUAUUUUUCCACAUCUCUUGUUGUUAUUUUCAUAUAUUUUUCCUUUCUCUUUGUGACCUCUGAUAGUCUCCCGAAGUUGGUUAGAACAGUUUGUAAUCCUGCGUGGAUAUUAUUAUUUUUAUCCAGUAGCCAUAUCCAGACGUUUUCCAUAUAACAUCACUUCCAUACAUCAAAACAGUCUUAGCGUCAUUAAUUUUCACCAAUCUGCCUCCUUUCUCAAAACCUCUGAGGAGAUUCACUAGGAAUGCAGUCUGAAAACAAAUCCGUUCUUCCUCCCGGCUAUAAAUCCUUUGGCAAGAUGGCGACUCCAAAUUAAUUGCUGCGCCAUUCCCAAAAGCUCUUAUCGCUUCUCGGUCUCCAUAAAGCAUACUUUUGGUUAAAGUUUAUCUCCACACAGACCUUAAUCAUCCUGCUUGGGUCAGUUCAACCGACAGUUCUAAUGAGAAGGGGUUCUUGUAAAUCACAUAGAAGGAAAGUAAAAAAGGUUCCCCCCCCCCCAUUCAGCCCCGUUGUCAACAUACCCCGCCUUUGGUGUAUCUUCAUCGUAAAAUAUUCCUGUUUCUCCAGCCCGUCGUCUUCUUUCGUAGAGGUCACUUAAAUUAGCAGACUUCACUCCCUUCUUCACUUGAAAUAUGUGCAUUUGCUUCUUUUGUAAUUAAUUAUUCCAAAUUGCUGCAACUAGUGCGCGAUCAGAGACAGCGUCCAGGAGAGCCGAGGUCCACACGGGGGCAUUCUGCCUAGGGCCCUCACCCCCUUCUUUCGAAUUAGGGGGUGAUUUAUGGGCACAGCAGGCAAGGGCAGUGUUCCCCAUUUCCUUGGGGCAACAAGGGAGGCUGCCUACUCCCUUAAUUACAGCCUCUUAAUUACCCCGUGUGGGUCGGAGAGAUGGUAUUGUCGGCCAUCUUCCAAUGCGCCCCCUAGUGGCCCCCCGCUAACACCAGUUUCAAGUCUAAUCGCCAAACAACAAUCAAAACAGCAGCAAGAGCCAUUGCAGAGACAGGUACACCCGCUUCCAAAGCAAGACUAGAGUUAAUCGUCCGUUAAAAGUUUCGAAGAGGAAAACGGCAUUUUCAUACUGCUUUCCUGGCACAGAAAAGCUGCUAAGUUUCUUGGCAACAAUAGCAUGCUGGGUGUGGGUGCAUGUGCUGCUUUUUGUGUUUCUUCCCUUCCUUCCCCCAGCGGUGCCCCAAGGGUUCCUCUUAGCGAUCAGAGAUCACGCUCUGACAUGGGUCCCCUUCUGCAGUCAUUUCAGGAAGCUCUGUGACCUUACCCAACCUGUUUGACUGGACCAACAAAGUAGGCUGGCAAGUGGGCGGGGGCCGCAGAACCUGUCCUGCUGUUUGCAGAGGGAUGACUGGGGGGGGGGGGGGAGCUGCACAGGGAAGCAAUAACAACUUCCUUCUAAUGCAGACGUGACGUGCAAAUGAAAGGGCCCCAGGAUGGGUUGACUGUGACCUGUUCCCUUUCUUGAAUUCCUAUUUUGUUUGGUGUUCCAACCUGCCUUCUGGGUUUUGAUUUAGGGCACGGGGCAGAAGAGCAUCCUGGACGCAGACCCCGAGGCCCAGGCUUUGCUGGAGAUGAUCGGGAAGGGCCGGAAAAGCGAUGGGUUGCGGGAUCCGGCCGAUGGCGACGGAGGCGACAACUGAGAACAAGGCCUGGAAGCUCUUGCCUGAUGCUCUGUGCAGAGCCGUCUCUGAUCUCUCUCCAACACCACAUGUGAAAACUCGAUAACACAAACCGCUCAAGUGUAAUGUGUUUUCCUAGAGUUGCAUGUUGUCUGGUUAGGAGACAAAUCCUUUGCGUAGCGGGAUGGUUUGUCUGGGGCGGGCGGAUGGGGUGAUUGCAUGCUUUAGGUAGUUCUUAAUAAUCAAGGGUAUUGCUGAAUAUAAAUGAAGACAGGUCCAUGCCCCUCCCCCUUCUUUGGAUCAGUGUUAGCAUCCACUAUUUUGUCACACAUUUCGUCUGUGAGCAGCUCAAGGGAGUUUUCGAGAAUCCUGUUGGGAAACAGUUUCCUGAACGAAUUUCACCUUGUUUGCUCAAGAGGGCCUUUGCUAAUCAUGCUGAAGCAAGUUUUGUUGGGGACAGUUGGUUCAACCCAGGGUUGAGCAUUCACAGACCCUGCUUUAGGAAACCCACAUUUUGAAUGUUGUAAAGGCAGUAGCCAGAGAACUGAGUACUUGAUUGAUGCUGCUUUUAGUCUCAGAAUUCUGUCCCAGACACCGUUCAUAUAGCCAGAGAACUGAGCACUUGAUCAAUGCUGCUUUUAGUCUCUGCUGUCCCAGACACCAUUCACAUAAGUGUAUAGGACUGAGAACCAAGUCAGAUUUCCAGGGUGGUUCAGGCACAGGCCAAUGUUGGGAGUGCAAGCGAAAGACCACCUCCCUGGUGAAUUUCUGGAUGCGUAUGGCAUCACUACACCCCAGACCCUUUAAGAUGCAUGAGAUUGGGCUGAUCCUUGAGCUGCUGGCGGCAAGUUGCAGGUUAACCGAAUCAGCAAGAAUCAAUGCUAAAUCAUGCGGUGAAGCAGUGGAUGCAGCCUGUCAGUCGGGGCACCAGUCUGAAGGAUGAAACGUUGGUUGCAGCCAAACUUAGCAAUGUCUGAAACCCAAAGACCCAAUUUUCUUUGCUAGGUAUUGUCGAGAAAUGAUCUCAAGUCCUCAAUUUAAGGCCUACUUCAGGAUUCAGUCUAGGGAAUUAUAAAGGGGUGUGAGGACGGGGCUCUACCUUGGAUUUUCAUGCAACUGUCCGCUUUGCAAAUCUGCACCUCUAUGCAACACAAACCACACAGCAAAUAAGAUGAUAUCAUCUGAAACAUAAGCUGCAAACUUUAGAGCUACUCAGGACUUCUUAUCAUGCCCUGAAAAGUAAGUGUGUGUGUGUGUGAAAAAGUUGCUUGACAAGGCUUGGUAUUCAAAACAGUGUCCUUAGCCCCCCCCCUCCUUUUUUUUAAGUCUUAAGGUAGUGAACUUUUGAGUAGAAAAUUAAGUAUGCAAAGCAAGGAAUCUAAAACUGAUAUUCCCUUUGCAAUUGUGAAAAACAAGUAUUAGCUUCCACUAUAGUUCCACUUGAGCCUCGCAGAUUACUGAAAGGUGGGGAAUAACAAUAAAAUAAAAGUGGUCUAUAGAGGUAAACAGUAUGUUGGAAAUUGAAGUGUCCUUUGGCUUGUUGACAUAUUUGAUCAAGUUGCAAAGGCAUAAUUUCCACAAUAGCUGGAUCUGUUCUGGUCUUCUGAGUGAACAGAUCCAGCUUCUGAGUGCAUCUUUUAUGUAUACUAUUCUGACUUGGUGACAUCAUGUUUAAGGUCUGUAACCUUAGAAGGAACUAUUUUGUUCCACCAGCUUUGUUGCAAUAAAUCUACAAGAUACAUAGGGGUGUUUCUUGUUUGGCAGCUAUACUUUGAUAGCAAAUCCUUCCAUGUUGCCUUGUAGCCAUAUAGCCUCAAAUCUUGCUACACCUUUACUUGGGAGUCUUGUCUGAUUGAAUUCAGUGGGGCUUCUACCUUAAAAUGCUUAGGGACAGGCCACAGAUCAGAAAUUAAAUCAUGUUCAGUCAUUUUUCUUUCUGUAGAAUAGUGUUUAUGAGACAAGACAAGAGAAGCUUGAAAUGGAAAAUCUGCAUGUUAAUCUGAAAGAGCUACUUCUGUCCUGAUUGAUGGUUUAUCUGUGUAGACGGAUGCUAUGCCUCACUGUUUAUCCAGCCUAUGGUAGCUAGCUAUUUAUAUCCUAGUCUCUUUUUCAUAGGGGCAAUAGGAAGCUGCCUUAUACAGCGUCAAGCUCCGUUCAUCUUUCCUGUCCCAGAGCAGCAAUUCUCAGAGUUGAUAACAAUCAGUCUCUCUUCACAGGGAACUCUGCGAAUUGUAGGCCUGUGAGGGGAAUGGGGUGUGUGUCUCCUAAACAACUCUUUGUUUAAGGUGGCAUCGCAGGAUUUAAAAAUGUAUGGUGUUUAUGUGUCUCAGGUGCCUCUUCUGCUGCUGGAACCAGCCUCCCCUCAAAAGUAGAGAGGAGGAAGAUCAAGAGAGAGGCCUGCCAAAGGAUGAUUUUCACUUGAUCCCCUCCUUUGGGAGAGAUGGACUUUAGCUGAGGGGUAGAAUAUGUGUUUUGUAGGCAGAAAGGCUGAAGUGUGAUCCCAGGCAGCUCCUGCUAGCAGGAUCAUGUAGGUGCUGAUAGAAAACACCCCUCCUCAAAAGAGACCUUUAAGGACCCUUUAAAGACACUGCCAGUCACAGCUGGCAGUGCCAGGCUAGAUGGAUCAAUUUGUCUGACUGCACACAACAGCUUAAUAUGUAAGGUUUUUCUAGCAGAUACUGAUCAGUGUAAGGCAGCAGAGACUAACCUGUGGCCUUCCAGAUGUUGAGCUCCCAUUAGCACCAGCCAGGAUGGUGUAGCCGUCAGGGGGAAUCACCAAUGCCAACUGGGAGGCCACAGGUUAACCACCCCUGGGGUAAGGGAAGCAAGCGUGCUGAAGGAGGUCACCAAGCUGAUCGCAUUUCCUGGGGUGGGAACAUAAAAAACCUGCUGGAUCAGGCCAAGGGCCCAUCUAGUUGAGCAUCCUGUUCUCCCAAGCAGCUGCCUGUGGGAAACCCUCAAGCAGGGCAGGAGUGCAAGAUUAUCUGUCCGCUUGCAAUUCCCAGCAGCUGGUAUUCAGAGACAUAGACUGACAGCGAAGGUAGUACGCCCUUGUCCCUGUGGACCAGGAAGCUGGAUGGAAGAGAAUCAAGCAAAGCACUUCUCAACACAAGGGAACUGGACCAUAGCAGAUGUUUUAUAACCCUUUGCAACUCCGUCAGGCAUAGAAAGCCAUGGACAAAGGUGGGUGUGGCCCUGGUUUUUCCUUUUGAUCUUGUUCCAGCCAACUGGAAGAAUUGUAGACUUUUCCAUCUUCUUUAGCUGGCAUUUUUUCUCCAGGGUGAUGGCUGUGAGCUUGCUUUGAGCACAUCCUUUUGUCUUUCCUCUUUUUAAAAUAUAAUGGCGGGUAUAUAUUCACAGAGGGCAAAAUUGUGGUACAGAUCAGGCAAUAGAUAGCAUGCAUAGGAAAUGCAGCUGGGCAACACAUCUAACACUUGGAAUACAGCUUCAAGCAAAGGGAGAUGUUCCAUGCUGGAAGAAGAGAACCUAUCCAGGCCAGAGACCAGCACAGAAGAGUUUGUUCCUGUUCAUGAUGCUAUUUCUUUCCCUUUUGUUUUCUUUUUAACACCUUUUGAGUGGUUUUAUAAUAAUGCACGUCCAGUCGCAUGUACCAAAUUAAUUGCAACAAAUAAAUUGUUCCAGUUCUUUUCUAUAA